AUGUUGCUGACGGUUGUAGAGCCUCGAUUUACGGUAUGUUAGAUAUUGGAACCUGUUGAGCUUCGAUAGAGUGGUCUAGAGGUAUAACUUAUGGUUUAUAGGUCGUGCUAGCUUUCCUGGUUGAUCUAGGGGAUCUGGAGAAAGGUUUGAAUUUCGCUUCUUCAACGGGUGAUUCUCUUGAGUGAGUAGCAAUCGUAUUCAUUUCCGAUCAAGAAAGGACUAAACUAACAAUAUCCAGACAAGACAUAAUCACCUGCCAAAACUCCUACAAAAAGACCGUCCUCCUCUCCCUCGGCGGCGAAAUAACAUCCCAAGCCUUCAAAAGCACCCCAAACGCCCUCGAAACCGCCAAAAGAGUCUGGUACGCAUUCGGGCCCCAAACCGCCUCCAACCCCAUCUCCCCCCGUCCUUUCGGCGACGUAUCGGUCGUCGGUUUCGAUUUCGACUACGAAUCCUCGGACGAAGCCCAGGAACCGAUGCCAUUCCUCGUCGACUUCGCGAGAGAGUUACGGCGGCUGAUGGAUGCACCUCCCACUGCGGGGACGCUGGCGAAGAGGUACUAUCUUACAGCUGCGCCGCAGUGUGUUUUCCUGAUAAGAAGAAUGUGGAGAUGUUGCGUAAUGUCUCUUUUGAUGCGCUAUUUGUGCAGUAUUAUAAUAAUCCGCGGUGUGGGACGGAGAAUUUCCUUUCUGAUGAUAUAGCUACGAGGGAGAAGUUCAAUAUCGAUGUCUGGGAUGCUUGGGCGAGGAAUACGUCGUUGAAUAAAGAUGUUAAGAUCUUUCUGGGUAUUCCUGCGUCGUCUACAGCGGUUGGGUCCGCGGGUGGGUAUGUGGAUGCUGAUAAACUAGGUCCUGUUAUCACACAUUGUAGGACUUUUGGUAGUUUUGGGGGUGUGAUGAUUUGGGAUAUGAGUCAGGCGUGGGCGAAUGGUGGGCUUUUGGAUGGGGUUCGGAGGGCGUUGGGGAGGGGUGAGAAUGGGAAUGGGAAUGGGAGUGUGCAUGGGUUUGUGUUUCCUAUGACUGGUAUGAAUUAUUCUCCGAGUGUGGGUGUGUUUAGGGCAACGGUUGUUGGCGAGGGAGGAUUCCCGUCGAAUUCUUCGAGUGAUAGCUCUACGGACUUGAGUACUGGUAUAGCUAUGGGGGGGUUUUCCGGGAGUUCUUCUUCGGUUGGUACCUCUACAGGAUUGAGAGCUGGUACAUCGACAGAAGGAUCUUUUUCAACUUCUACUUCGGUUGAUACCUCAACGGUGUUAACCACCGAUACGGCUUCAUCCACGGAUACUACGAUAGCACUUCCUUAUUCAGAUUCUACUCUGAGUCCAACUAGUUUAGCGGGUAUAGCUCCAUAUUCCGGUACUCCUUUGAAUUCCAGCAUCUUGACAGGGACUGAAGACAUAUCAAGUGUCACCUCGCUUACCUCUUCCUCUCCCAUGAACGCUGCGCUCCUUCAAGGGAAUUCUUUGCCUGUAUAUUCAAACUUAUCAAUGGACGUCACCGUCGAGGGACUUUCGCAUGCAGUUUCUUCUACUCAAUCCACCACCGCUACAACCUUUUCUGGAUCAGAAAUAGAUCCAUCGACCCAGGAACCCUCCUUUACUUUCCAGUCAACCUCCGAAGUCAUCAAUAUCAUCAUCUCUCCCACAACAGAGAUAUCCACCGCCGACCCAGGUGCAUUCUCCGAUCUCUCACGUUCAACGACAUUCUUACCACAAAUUCUUACCAGCAGCGAAGUGAGCAGUUCGGGAGAGUCGACGGUGAGGUUUUCGAGGACGACUAAGAUAACGGUAUUUGCGAAUACACCUACGAUUACUAUCACGAUACCAUCUCAGAUAUGUAGGUUUACCCCUUUUCUACCCCCUUCUUUAGCGAGGUUCUAAUUUAGAUAGCUUCCCUCGAUACACUAGUAACCAGUAUCCGGUCUCCCCUUUCCAGUGCACAAUUACCAAGUAUUCAAUCCUCAUUCGGAUCAUCCUCAAACCUGGAAUCUCCGACAUACAUCCUACCAAGUCCAUCUCCAACCGAACCAUCCACCUCCAUCCAGUCCCCCGAACCAAUCCCAGAGCCCAAUUCACAACAAACAACCCAAACCCCCAUCUCACUCACCUCCCCAGAUCCCCCCUCUAUCCCAUCAAACGUCAACACAGGCGAAAGUCAAGAUUUGAGACAGACAGAUCAACCGACUUGUCCCCUUCUCGAAGCGAGUACCGUGACCAUGAGUGCGACGCUGAUUAUUGCGCAGCCUACUACGUUUACGGAGAUGAAGACUGUGACGGUGGAGAGGACGAGGAUGGUUCCCGUUUCGACGGGGAGGUGGAGUUUGGUUGUUGAGAGGGUGAGGGUUUAG